AUGGCAGUGGAGAGCGCCGAGGAGUCGCUGCCGUUGCCCGGGACGACGACGGCACCGGCUGCUUCGCCCUCGUCGAUGCACUCGCUCCUCCAGAGCCUGCUCGCCCCUUCAACCACCAACGACGGCAGCAGCGAUGCUCACCGGCUGCAGCAACCAUACGCGGGGGGAGCCAACCUGGCAGAGGCCUCGAGCUUCCUGCGCUCCCUCACCACGCACUCCCUCGCCGAUCUGCGAGCCCAGCCGGGCCUCCUGGCAUCCAAGGCCCUCGACCUCGAUCGGCAGCUCUCCCACCUCUGUGUCACCCAGACCGACGCCUUCAUCAGCCUCUACGACGCCGAGGAGUCCUUUGGUCCCUCGAUCGCCUCGCUGUCCGAGUGCCUCGACAACCUCGUCACCAGCUCGCUGCCUCGCCUCGAGCAGGCGGCCAGCGCCUUCCGGCAGGCGAGCCAGUCGAGCCUCGAGGAGCGCAGGCGGGUCCAGGCGGUCGCCGACGAGUACGAGCGCGGUCAACUCGCCGAUCUGCUCGAGCUGCCCAAGCUCGUCGACACGUGCGUGCGCGCCAGGCACUACCCAGAGGCGCUGCAGCUGGGCGACCACAUCAUCACCAUGACCCUGGCGGCCGACGAGGAGCGCCAGUCUACUGCGGCAGCCGCAUCGCCUUUGCCUUCCGCCUCUCGUGAAGGGCAGGCAUCCUCCUCGUCUGCCGCAAUCAGGUCCAAGGAACUCGGUCCUGCUGCGGAGCCAACGUCGAGGCACGCCGAUGUCCUCCUUUCCCUCCUCUUCGAGACGUGGACCCACCUGGCGAGGAUGAAGGCCGACCUCAUCGCCGCGCUCCAGCGACCCGGACUGCAGCUCCCGGCAGCCAAGCGGAGCGCGUCGAUGCUGCGCAGGCUGCACUCGCUCGCGCAGCGCGUCAACCCGCUGUCGAAGCUGUCGCUCUCGGUCAUCGCAAGCCUGCCCGACCUCCGCCUGGAUGAGAGCCAGCUCUGCUUCUGCUACCUCAAGGCGCGGCACCGCAUCCACGGCGAGACCCUCGACAAGGUCGCCGGCGCCUCCAUCGAUACCGCCGCCUACCUUCGCAGGUUCAUCGACGCUUGGCGAGAGGGCCUGGUCGAGACCCUCGGCGUGGCCACCGCCCUCUUCGCCGACUCGGCCGACGACGCCACCAAGACCGGGUCGCCGUCCGAAGCUCCCUCGCCCUCCUAUCUCAUCUCGUCUUUCGCCUUCAACGCCCUCGACCGGCUGACGGCUGCGUUGCACGAGCAGCUACCCAGCCUCCAGCGCCGCUCGAAUGGCGUCGCAGGCAACGGCAAGACCGCCGCGAGCAUCGAAGAGUCCGCCUCAAUCCUGGCCGCGCUGCACACCCAGCUCAGCUACACCUCGGCGGCGCUCUUGAGAUUCGGCCUCGAUUUCGGCCAUCUCCUCGUCCGGCCCGAAAGGCGCGGCAUCGCUUCGAAGGGGUCGGCUGAUGGCCUCGACAUGCUCGAGCACACCUGGCUCGCCCUGCUCCAGGCCAGAUGGACUUCACUCGCCGACGACAGCCUAGUGCUGAUCGGCUCGAAGUCGUCGGCGAUCUCUGCCAAGCCCAACGAGAAGGCGGUGCCCGCCCUUCCCUCGGCAUGGCUGGUGCGGUCGUCGCUCGUCGACGAGCUGGACGAGCGCUCGAUCGAUGUCGUCCGUUCCGCCGGCCCCAACUUGAGGCCAGACCCGGACGUUGCCCAUUUUCCGCCGUUCCUGGCGCUGCUCAACGGCCUCAUGGAUGCCUUCAACGGCCUGCGGCUGUUUGCGCCUCGGCGCCUGCGUCUGCGCCUGCAGGCUGCCCUGGAAGCGCACUUCGCACGGCUCGCCGACGAGCUGCUGUCGUACGCCGAGGCCGUCCAGGGCAUGGACCUGCUCGAGAUCCCUGGCGGCAAGGGCGGCGACUACCGGCGACACCAGGCAGAUGAUCCAGCGCUCUUUGAGGGGCUCUCGGAAGAGGAGGGCCGCCUGCUCGACCUCGAGCUGCGGAAAGAAGGCGAGCUGCGACUGCUUUCCUACGGCCUCACCGCAUUCGAGCACCUCGUCGUGCGAUGGUCCUCGUAUGCCCUGCAACGCGGGAUCUUUGGCGCCGAGGAAGACGAAGCGAAGCGAGUGGGUCCGGAGCUGCAGGCCAGCCUCGCCCGGCUCGCAACCUUCGCCGAUGCCAUCGAAAGGGACCGGCAAGAGCAGAUCAAGGGCCGACGAGACCGGGCCGAGGCCAGAGCGGCCGAGCGGGCCCGGCGCCUCGAGGACGAGGAGAGGCAACGCAAGACCGAGGAGGAGCGCGCCCGUCGAGAGGAGGAGGCCAGACGGCUGGCUCGCGAAGAGGCCGAGAGCCGGCGACUCGAGGAGGAGAAGAUCGAGAAGGAGAGGGCAAGGAAGGCGGCAGAGGCGGAGCGAGCCCGCAAAGAAGAGGAGGAGCGGCGUGUGGCCGAGGAGGAAGCCGAGCGGAAGCGCAAGCAAGACGAAGAGGCGGAGCGUCGACGUUUCGAAGCAGAGGAAGAGGAGCGGAAGCGCAGGGAGGCCGAAGAGGAGGAGCGCAAGCGCCAGGAGGAACGGGAAGCCGAGCAGAAGCGCCAGGAGGAGGAGGAGGAGGAAGCCCGACGGAAGCGAGAGCAAGAAGAGGCAGAACGCAAGCGGCGGGAAGAGGAGGAGUGCGAGAGGGAGCGAGAGCAGCGGCGAUUGAGACAAGAGGAGGAAGAGCAGCGAACAAGGCAGGCCGAGGCGGCCGCCGCAGCCGCAGCCGCAGCCGCAGCCGAGCAGGCGAGGCUGGAAGAGCAGCAAGCGGAAUUACGAAGCCUCGCACAAGAAGAGGAGGAGAGGAAGCGCAGGGAAGCCGAGGCCGAGGCCGAAGCCCAGCCCCAGGCCCAGGAUCGAGCCGCGGACGAGGCGCGCAAGAAGGCCGAGGCAGAGGACGAGGAGAGGCGACAACAACAACAACGAGCUCAGCAAGAAGCCAACGAGCGAGCAGCCGACGAGGAACGGGCGCAGGCGCAGGAGGCCGAGGAUUGUCGCAAGCAAGAGGAAGAACCGGCCAAACCGCCACAGCCGCUGGACGCCGCUCCUUCCUCCUCCUCAUCCUCUUCCGCUCCAGUUCCAGGCCCAGCACCGACGACGAAACAAGCCGCCAGCGCCGAGGCAUCGUCCGGUUCCAGGCCGGCCACGCCGACUUCGAGCGUCAAGAAGACGAACCUGGCCGAAAAGCUGAGGCUGCGCAAGGAGCAGCGGGAUCGCGAGGCUGCCGCGGCCAAACAGGCCGCCGAAGCCGCAGGCACGGAAGCGGCUGCCUCGGCAGCCAAAGAGGCCGAGGCUCCCAAAGACCUCGCAGCCCAGCCCGACCUGUCCGAGCCCAGUCGAGACCCGCAAGCGUCCGCGGCAGACUCGGUGCCGGCCGAACCUGUAGACGCCGCGGAUCCCGCCGAGGAAUCGCAGCGCCAGGACGCGGCGCCGAGCGUCGAAGGCGGCGAGGUAUCGUCGAUGGCCGUCCAGCCCCCUUCGGACGUCGAUCAGCAGGCCAAAGAGGAAGCAGAGGAGGGGCAAGAAGCCAAGGCGACCGAGGAAGCGGAUGCUGCGACGGCGCAAGACGACGACGGCAACGACGCGGGAGGCGAUGAGCACGAAGAUGGCGAGGGCGAGGAAGAGGACAGCGUCCCGCCCAGCCCGGCACCGGAUGCCGAUACCGGCGGCGGUGGCGGCGGCGGCGGCGGCGGCGGCGGGAACAAGAAGAAGCGGAACAAGAAGAAGAAGAAGAAGUAG